CUUCCAAUUUGUACACUAUACUGUUUUGAUACAGCUGCUAAUUUUUACAGUGUUGUUUUGUAACUAAUUUAGGUUAAGUUCAUUACGUUACUAAUAUGCUGCUGAUUUAGUUACCAAAAGAGAGCCAUUGUUUUCAGAGUAAGAUGAAGGCGGCUAAUUAUGGGUUGGCUGAUGUUUCUUCUCUUUUAAUGCCCUUAUUUAGUUUUCUAGAAGUUCCCGUUCACUCAGAACCAGGGAAGCUAUCGUCGUCGCAGUAUCUUUGGCUGAAUUUUGGCGUCUGUACAUCAGCUGGUUUUCUGUAUUGCAGGCGUGAUAUCAAAGUAGCGCGUGGCAAUGACAGUGCAAAAAUGGCAAUUCUUGCUGCCUUAUGCUCUUUUGAGAGAUGGAGUUCUGUCACAUAUGCUUACAUCAUGCCUUCGGAUGACUGGAGUUCUGCAGUCUCGUUGCGAUUAUUGGCGUGUUGUCUUCUUGCUUGUGUAUGCCUGAAAGAUCACAGUGGAAUAAGAGAGGUUUCAUUAUUGUUCAGCCUGAUAGUUGGAAUGUUCACCCUUUACAUGCCUCCGAUGAUUUCGAGAAAUGGCUCAAUGGAGUCCUAUGAUUACUGGAAAUUCCGUCAUUACGAGUGGACAUUUUUAAUUGUUCUCUUAAUAUGCGGUGGAACAUGGCCGAUUUAUUUGAGUUGGCUAACUGAAAGGAGACAAAUUCCUCUUCACUUUAUGGGCGAAGUUUUGAUUCGUAUCGGAUUAUAUGGAGGCUUACUUGUGCUAUUAUGUCAUCCGAAAGAAAUCAUCCAACUUGUCAAUCAACCGUUAUUCUCAAUUGUCAUCGCAAUAAUAUCAUCAUCCUUUUAUGUUCUCCAAAUUAUUUGUGCAUUAAUUGCAUACAGUGAUAUAUCAGCUUUUAGAACUAUGGCUUUUAGCUACUGUUCCUGGGGUUUACUAGGGUUCAUCAGCAAGCUGAUUUCAACCGGAGUUUACUGGCAUAUAUUUCUGGGGUCAUUUUUAAGUGUUUAUUCAUCCGUGGCUUUAAGAAUGCUCUAUAAACGCAGUGGAAAAAGUGUCCAGCUCACGUCAGUUGAUCGAAACAGUUUAGACGAAGAACCGAAUUCUAAUUUAAUAGAAUUAGAGUUCUUGUCUAAUCCGAAAAUGAAUUCGUCAUUUCAGGAUGGGACUGAAAAUGAAGGAAGUUUUUCAAAAGAAAUUAGGACAUGUUUGGAUCGGUCAGGGUUGGUGAGCGAGCUUCGAAAUUUCAAAUCGAGGUACAAUUUCAGAGACGAAAUGCUGAACAUGGUACUUAAAAACGUUAUGGGCAGUGACUCAACGAAAUUGAAAUUGGCAAGAACAGAAAGUUUGCGAUUAGAAAGUAUUUAAAUAUCUUUUUCAUAGCUAUUGGGAUAUUUUUAACUACCCCCUGCGAUUGCAAUUGGGGUUAACAUGAGAAGAGAAUCCGUAUAAGCUCAACCAACCGUUGGUUUAGUUAUAUUAUGGGCUGGUCCUUCGUUACUAGGUACCAUAAGGGGAUAGUUAAGGAGAUCCCUGCUGUUGUAUAUCGGAAUUUAUUUGUGUAAAAGUUAAAGCUGCAAAAAUAGAGAAAUUCGAAGCUAAAGAGCGCAACUUUCUGCAUGUUUGUAGUCAAAAUUAACUUACUGCAGUUUCGAAUUCUGUAUUCAAUAAAAUUAAUUUAUUUAUUCGAUUAUUUGUAAAAAUGUUAAUUCUGUUUAUCCUGUACAUUUUUCUGUUUAUUUUUUGUUUCAAGUAAUUUUUCAGCUUCU